AGCCUAAAACUUUAUCUUAUCCGAUCACACUUUCCCAUCAACUCCAAAGCCAUCUCCUUCAGGAGUGAAGCUCUAAAUCCUCAUAUAUGCAACGAAACAAAUACACACAACAGCGGCAUCCAAUGGUUAAAAAUUAUAAUUCAAAUAUGCACUUGCAUGAUCAACGGUUGAGAUUUCACUAAACGAAAUAUCGAACAUCCAUACAAGUUCCAGAUUCCCAAGCCCCUCCCCCUCGCCCAGCCAUCAUCGACGAUCGGCAGAUCGAUCUGAGAUAGCACUUCUUCGCCACUGUAAGCAAAACCCUAAUCUUCCCUCCUCCUCUCCUUUGCUAUGAUCUGAAGCUCGUCGCCACUGAAUGAGGGUUUCGCAAUCGGUUCCCAUCAUUCCAACGAUCCCUUCUUUGAUGCAUAGCUUCCGGGAAAAUGCUCGGCGGCGAUGGUUCUCGUGAGAAUCACCGGUGGGGGGAGAGCAAAGUCUACUCCCGUAAGUCUCACAACAAAUCAUCCGAUCGGAAAUCCGGUAACCCUCCACCGUACCACGCCGCCGACGAUGUCAAUUCUUCUCACGAUCCGUCCUCGCCGCCGCUGGGCCCUCUCCUUGCUCCCUCCACCGUUUCCGAGGACGACGCAUCUAGUCUCAAUCGCCCUAUUCAAGCUCUAAUAAACCGACAUCAAUCGAAUCGGCGCCAUCAGCAUCACCGCAUGGCGACCAUCAGCCUUGCUUCUCGGUCGAGGGAGGAAGUAAGGGAUCUCCGGCAGAAGCUCGCGGCUGAGCUUGAGCUCGUUCGAGCUAUGGUAAGAAAGCUCGAGGCGCGGGAGCUUCAAGCUGCGGCUGCCUCAACUUCAUUGGCCCCAGCUGCUGGUUACACCAUGUCUCAGCUCUCGGCUAGUGACCCGAAUCCAAGUAUGCUCGUCAGGAAGACAGCUUUGAGUUCUGAGGUUGUUUCCUGCUUUCCUCAGGUUAGUGUAUCUGUUAUGCCCGGAGAGAGUAGUUUAAAUGAGGGAUCGGAGAAAGAGAAGCGAACUCCAAAGGCGAAUCAGUAUUACAGGAACUCAGAGUUUCUACUUGGGAAGGAGAGGCUCCCCCCUCUGGAACAACAUGGAUACAAGAAGCAUAAGGUCAACGGGAGCAAGGCAAUUGCCAUGGGAGAGAUGGAUAGAUCUGCGUUUACAAACGCUUUCAAUAGUUGCAGGGAUCUGCUAUCAAAGCUAAUGAAGCAUAAGCAUGGUUGGGUAUUCAAUGUUCCUGUCGAUGUGAAGAAGCUGAAUAUACCUGAUUAUCACAGCAUCAUCAAGCGCCCAAUGGAUCUAGGUACUGUUAACUCCCGACUCGACAGGAAUUGGUAUAAAUCUCCUGGAGAAUUUGCAGAGGAUGUCAGGCUAACCUUCAAAAACGCCAUGAGUUACAACCCUAAGGGGCAAGACGUGCACCAUAUGGCUGAGCAGCUGUUGAAUAUUUUUGAGGAGCGGUGGCCAUCCAUAGAGGCGCAGUACAUGAAUGUUUCAAAACCUUCAUAUUUGAAGAAGAAAGCAUCUCUUGAUUCAAGGUCUUUGGAAAGGUCGGACUCCACUGUACACCCUGCUCCAAUGGAGACUAAGAGUAGAGUGGUGAGUAAUGUCCCCCAUACUGGACGGCCUCCACCAUUGAAGAAGCCUAAAGCAAAAGAUCCUGACAAGAGAGACAUGACUUUUGAGGAGAAGCAGAGGUUAAGUAAUAACUUGCAGAACCUUCCUCCAGAGAAGUUGGAGAAUAUAGUUCAGAUUAUUAAGAAGAGAAACUCAUCUCUGAGCCAGCAUGAUGAUGAGAUUGAGGUGGAUAUUGACAGUGUAGAUGUGGAAACACUCUGGGAGCUUGAUAGAUUUGUGACUAAUUAUAAGAAGAGCUUGAGCAAGAACAAAAGAAAGGAGAAGCUUGCUGUUUUAGCACGAACUGGAUUUGAAAGCAAUGCCAUUGAAAGGAUGAACGAAGUUAUUCCAGGGCCUGAGGUAGCUGGAGAACACAGGGAGGGCAAGGCAGUAAUGGGUGAGAAAGAGGUAUCUUCAGGAUCACAAAUAAGAGAAGAGAAGAGGGAGGGGCAUCCAAGUAGGUCAAGUAGUUCAAGCAGCUCUAGCAGUGAUUCAGGUUCAUCUUCUAGUGAUUCAGGCAGUGAAAGCUCGUCUGCAUAUGGAUCAGAUGGAGGUCAGUCGCCUAGACGGUGAUUAAAUUGCAGGGAUACACGCCUAAUGUAAAUAGAUUGUUGUUGAUCAUGGCUUGUGUUCCUUUUAACUCUUGAUUCUUCAAGCAUUUACCGAGUUCAACUCAACUCUAACAUUUCAGUACAAUGUUGGGAGAAAUAGUUUAGUGGUAGAGAGACUGCCUGAAAUCUUCCUAUUUUAUGAAUGUUGUAAGUUCAAAUCCAAUUUAGAAACGCCAUCUGUAAUAAUCUCAACUGUCUUCCAAUGUUAGAGGUCCGGAAUUUAAAACUGA